AUGAGAUUAACAAAAGGGAGUAAAGUGGAGGUCUUAAGCAGAAAGGAGGGCAGUAGAGGCUCAUGGCUUUGUGCUGAAAUAAUCUCGGGGAAUGGCCACACAUACAUUGUGAGAUAUGACUGUUUUUCAAUGAUUGGUGAGGCAUUAGUGGAGAGGGUGCCAAGGAAGGACAUCAGGCCUUGCCCUCCACCUGUGGAAGGUUCGGAUAUUUGGGUUCUAGGUGAUCAUGUGGAGGUUUUUCACAUGAUGUCCUGGAAGGCUGCUUUAAUUGUGAAGGCUUUGGGUGUGAAUGAUUUCCUAGUUAGGCUACUUGGAGUUUGUCAAGAGUUCAGUGUCCACAAAUCUCAUCUCAGGGCUCGGCAGUGUUGGAUAAACGGGAAAUGGAUCAUUCUAGGGAAGAAGGCGAGAUCAUUUGAAAAAGAAUGGAGUCAUCAACAAAUGUUUUGUGAGUGUUCAACACCAAUGCUCGAAAAGGUAGAUGCAUAUAUAUCCCAACAAGAAAAAUUGAGUAACAAAUAUAUGCAUACUUCUGGUAUUGGAAUGCCUAGACCCUCUGAAAUGGAUGCUGAUAGGGAAACAGAAACACGAAACAUGUUUCAUUUUAGCCUUGAUUCGGGAACUUCUGCAUCUAAUGAUGCUGAUAGUAGUGCAUCAUCCAUGGGUAGUUGUAGUGUUAUUAAUGGCCAUGUUUAUUAUAAGGUUCCCUUUGGCCUUGGAACAAAUCAUACUGAAGAUGCUGAUAGUCAAUAUUAUAGUGACACUGAAUCAUUUACUGGCCCAAUGGGGGCAGGCAAUCAUAUGCUAGAGCUACAAUCCUAUUGCAGAACUCCUGUCUGUUGA